GCAGAGGCGGCCAGAGGAGCAGCAGCCUGCAAAGAGAGAGCGUGCUGCAGGCUGCCGGCUCUGCCUCCCUCCCCCAGCUUCGAGGAGCGGGUUUUUACAUGCCACCAAAGACAUUAAGACAUUCGCGCUCACACGCCAACCCACAACAAAACCCACACAGGCAGCGCUGAGGAGCUCUCACCAGGAAGCUGACUUACCCUAAACCACUCUGCUAUUUCUCGUCAUAUUACAUCUGGGUCCCCUGUCACUGCCGCUGCCGGAUGAGUGACCCAGUCUCCGGGACUUAUUUGGCCUAAUAGUUGACUUCCGUAACGUUUAUUUUUCAACAGCCUCUUUCAGCUUCCUGCGCCUGAAACAUUGCUUGACUCACUGAAGAAAUAAAACUGACAGCACCGCAGAGCCGUGUGGGAGAAAAGGGGAUUUUAGACUCAAGUGAUACAAUCAAGUCUUGAGGAGUAAAGACAUUUGGAUGGGUUCUCACCAAAUGGAAGUUAUCUAGAGAGCCCCCAAGACCACUGCAUCUCCACAUCGUGCUUCUGCUGCGCCGAGACAGUGCUCUUGGCCCUGGACGUUAACAAAAUGCUGGAUUCAAUCAAGUGUGUGCUGGUGGGGGACUCUGCGGUGGGGAAAACCUCUCUCUUGGUACGUUUCACCUCCGAGACUUUUCCAGAUGCCUACAGACCCACUGUGUAUGAAAAUACUGGAGUGGAUGUCUUCAUGGAUGGAGUACAGAUUAGCCUCGGUCUCUGGGACACGUCUGGCAGCGAUGCCUUCAAAGGCAUUCGCCCCCUCUCCUACCAGCAGGCAGAUGUGGUGCUAAUGUGCUACUCGGUGGCGAACCACAGCUCCUUCCUAAACCUGAGGAACAAGUGGAUCGGCGAGAUCCGCAACCACUUGCCCCGCAUCCCCGUGCUGGUGGUGGCCACUCAGACUGACCAGCGUGACACGGGGCCCUACCGCUCCUCCUGCAUCAGCCCGAUGGACGGGAAGCGGCUCGCCCAGGACGUGCGAGCCAAGGGCUACCUGGAGUGCUCUGCCCUCAGCAACCGCGGCGUGCAGCAGGUGUUCGAGUAUGCCGUGCGGACAGCAGUCAACCAAGCCAAAAGGCAGAACAGGCGGAAGCUCUUCUCCAUUAACGAGUGCAAGAUCUUCUGAGGGCCGCCGGCGGUGGUUUCGCCUGCGUUCGUUCUCUCUGUCUUCUCACAGAGACACUGCGGCAGAGAUAAUGGGGGGUGAACCAAAGGAGGACUCCUGGCAGGACCACAGUGCAGGUGCCCCUGCUAAGACAGAUGCGUGCUCUCUCUGAUGUGUUCCCCCACCCAACACACACAGGCACUAUCUAAAAGUGACGGGUGCAGGGGAAUGCAGCCCUGUGCUUGGACUUUGCUGUCCUGGACUGGAGGAUUUACGGACCAUAGCCGUGCUGAUUUUGUUACUGGUGUUCCUCAGUUGGUGGUUUGUUUGCAUUUAUUUAAUGACAAACUUCUGCCUGGAUCAGCCUCCCCUCGAUAUAUCUGUCUAUGUAGAGAUUUUUUUUUUUACUCUAAGAAUUUAACAUAUAAAACAUGACCGUUGUAUAUCUAUUUAAAAGAGUCUUGUAUUUGCUGUUGUAAAAUCCUGACACUUUGUUUUCAUAUUUUGGAAAUUCUUCCUCAUAUUUUGGAAGUUCUUCCUCUACCUAACCACAGAAGCAAAUCAUCUUAUCCAUACAAUAAAUGGCCUGCAGGCAAGCUGACCACUUCUUACACAUGCCUUAGUUACUGCACAACAGUGACUGAGCCCAGCAUGUCCAGCGUAGGAGCGAUUAAAACGUAUUUGAUAGAUAUUUGUCAGUUGUCCCAUGGCUCUGUGAGAUUUAUGUUGUUAUCAUAGUCCUCUUCCUAGGAAAAUGGAGACCACCUCAGGUCAAAAACAGGAUGAAACAGGAGGAACGUAACUCAGUUCUUCCUAGACCUGACCUAAUUACAACCCCAGAAGGGCUGGCUUGCAGUCAGGGCUUGUUUAGACACAUGGGUGGGGUGGCAGAGACAAAUCUGUACCUCUCAUGUCUCCGACAUAGUUUUGGAGGCAAAAGAUUUCAUUCUCCAGGGAUGAAAGGUAUUUUUUCGUGAGCACUAAAAUUCUCACAAUAUUUUAGUACAUUUUUUAAUAAACUGUGGUUGUAGUGAAACCAGUGACCUACUAUAGUAAAAAACUAAGUAUGUGGCAAUGUUGAACGUGCAUAUUUAGAAGGCUAAAUAACAUUUUUUGGGUUUGAAUGGUGAGAGUAACUGCCUGGGUUCUAUGAAGCAAAGACUGAAGCAGGUUUUGCACCCUGGGGAACUUGGCAGGUCUGAGCAUCAAAUCCUGGCAUACCGGCUUGGGCCAAGCUACCCUCCUGCACAGAGAGCCAGGCUAAGGAGGUGGAAACUCCGGGUGUCUAAGAGGACUCUGCUGGAAGAUGUAGAGGGUCAACCUGCCAUGUUGUACGUUCCUUGUGAACUGUGGUGCCCCCUUUUCCUCAUGUUACCUGCACCAAACCCGCUGCCCCACAUCAUCCCUCGGAUUUUGCAGACCUGUCUCAUCCAAAAGGUUUCUGCUGCCCUCCCUGUUCUUCAGCUAGCUCAGAACUUCAGCUAGCUCAGAACUCUGUAGCAUACUGCCAUGGACAAUGGUGUACAAAACCGUAGGAUGAUUCUCCUUCUCCAUGGGGAACCCAAGAGAACGAGCAGCAUCUGUUCUGACUAAACCCUGACUCAUGUGUUGCAACAGGAAUGGAUGUAAUGGCUUUUCUAAGUCAAAUCCAAGGUGGGAAUUCAGGAGUUACCCUACUGAGCAAAUAAUCUAUAGCUGGGUUCUAAUCUACCUAUAGUUGAUCCCUAAAAAAUCAGUUGUGUGCUCUUCUCCACUCUCUGUUAUACCUCUGAGCUUCUCCAUAAAGAGAAAUUCCAAAUGAAAUCGUCAUCCUCCUCCAAAUCCUAGAGAAGAUCUCAUUUGUGAUAUAGGUGAGCAAGUAUCUGCAUCAUGAUCACCUUGAAUACCAGUGGUGUGUAGGACAUUUGAUGUUGUAGUCACGACAGCUCCCAGCCUGGUGAAUGUUUACCAGUCAUCGACCUUAUUCCAAGGGAGGCUUCUGGUCAUUAAAACGUGUUGGUCUCAUGUGAGGUGUCUAUAUCAGCUUCAAAUCUUUGCAAGCUUCUGCAUCUGAGUACACAAGAUGAGGGCUCCCAUCACCACCCAUCUUUCCCGUACUCCUCUCUUUCUGACCCCUCUCUUUUUAAAACUUUACGUGUAUAUUGCAAAUCCUUUGCCCCCUGAAACACUAAAACUGACAUGUUUGUAAAAGAACCCGAACCGCCUGAUAACUUAUGCUGUGUUACGGAAGUAGCUAGGUAUUAGCAGUCUUCAGUUAAAAAUAUUUUGGCUUUUGGAAGAAAUGUUUCUAUAUCUCAAUUCUUGUAAUGCGUCUUCACCGAAAGUUUUUUUUUUUCCCCUCAACCCUAAUUUAAAAGUAGCCAUUGUUACUGUUUGAACAUUAAAGAACAUGUGCAAAAUA